CCCGCCUGCUCUUUCUCUCUGACUUGAAGAGGAAGCUCCACCGAGGAGCAGAGAAACCAGAAAGAGGAAUCACAGCGUCGGGACAGCAUGUGUACAGGAAAGUGCUCCCGGUGCGUCGCGGUGACACUCUACCCUCUGGCCGUCAUUUCCAUCAUCUGCAACAUCGUGCUGUUCUUCCCCAACGGCGAGAUCAAGUACGCGCAGGAUGGGCACAUCACCGAGGAGGUGAAGUACAUGGGGGGGCUGGUCGGCGGGGGGAUCAUGGUGCUGAUCCCAGCGCUGCACAUUCACUUGACGGGCUCUCAGGGCUGCUGCGGAAACCGCUGCGGGAUGUUCCUGUCCAUCCUGUUUGCCGCUGUUGGGGUCGUGGGCGCCCUCUACAGUCUGGCUGUGGCAGCCGUGGCUCUUCAAAACGGGCCCCUCUGCAAGGCUUUUUUCAUCUGGAACACACCCUUCAAAGACAAAGACGCCAAGUACCUGACCGAUGACGACAAGUGGGUGGUGUGCACCGAACCCAAGAACAUCGUCAGCUUCCACAUCGGUCUGUUCGCCACGCUGGUCGCCACCAGCUGCCUGCAGCUCAUCCUCUGCGCCGUCCAGAUGAUCAACGGCCUCUUCGGCUGCUUGUGCGGAACCUGCAGCAAGAAAGGAGUCAUCUGAGCUUCAGGCCAAGACGGGAAAUCACGUCCGACAUUUCAGUCUUACCUCCAGGUCGAACAGUCGCCCCCUGUCGGACAAGCUGGUAGUGGGCACCCGCUUCAGCAUAAACGCUCACACCUCUACAGCCGCUCACUUUCACCGCCUAAAGCUCAUCUGUUAUCGAGAACACGUAUGAUGUAAAAGCUGACGCAUUAAAUCGCUGUUAACUGCGGACUGUUUUAUAUUGUUUGAACGACAAUAAAGUCCUUUAGUGUGUCGCACCUGGACGUCACUGCUGGAACAAAAAAGGGCAAUUUUGAGAAAUAGUUAUUGAAAAAUUGGAUAUUUUCUUUUUUUUUUUUUGCCAAAGCCAAAACUGUAAAACUCAAAUCCUGCCAUUCAUAUAAGAAGUGCUGAUAUUACUUUUUUUAAAAGCACAUUUGAAUCAGUGAAGUACUUGCAAAACAGUAUAUUCACUUAAAAUAGCUAUAUAUUCUAAUGUGUUGCACAAAAAUUCCAUGCAUCUAAAGUAAACAAAAAUAAAUUUCCAAUGAUUGAAUUUUAACAUUUUAGAGGCAAAAUAUGGUGCUUUCGGAGACACUAUUGAUCCCAAUAAUAUCAUAAAUUGAAGUGGAAUAUUGAUGCGCUUUGUUACAAUUAUAAACAUGAUAUAAUCUAAAUAACGAAUACAUCCAGAGACAACUCGUUCUUUUAUAUCAUUAAAUAAUUUUCAAAUUUUGGGAAGAAUAACGACGCUCUAUUCUAUUUAUGUAAAACAAAAAGGCUUCUACA